GCCACCUCCUCCUCCUCCUCGUACCGCCGCUGGUACGCAGAGGUCACGACCCCCGCCCCCCAGCUGAUGGCCGCCAAGAGGGGCCGCGCUCCCGUCUCCGUCUACUCCUCCCACGCCUCCCCUCUCUCCUCCUCCACCCGGCUGCGGUACUCCUCUUCCCCCGGUGGCCGGGUCUUCCGGUCCCCCUCCCCCUCCCCCUCCUCCCUCUCCACCUCCGGCGUGGAGCGGGAGCUGAGCCAGGCGGCCGCGGUGAGCUCCGAGUUCCGGGCGGUCCGCACUCGGGAGCGGGCCCAGCUGCAGGACCUCAACGACCGCUUUGCCGGCUUCGUGGAGCGAGUGCACGAGCUGGAGCAGCAGAACCGCACCCUGGAGGCCGACCUGGAGCGGCUGAGGCGGCGCCACACCCAGCCGGCCCGCCUGGGGGCCCUCUACGAGAAGGAGGCCCGCGCCCUGAGGGCCGCCGUGGACCAGGCCCAGGCCGAGCGGCAGGACGCCCUGGGGCGGCGCGAGCACCUGGAGCAGACGCUGGGCGCGCUGCAGGCCCGCCACCAGGAGGUGGCGCUGGCCCGUGAGGACGCGGAGGCCCAGCUGCUGGAGCUCCGCGGGGGGGCGGACCGGGCUGCUCUGGCCCGGGCCGAGGCGGAGAAGCGGGUGGAGGCGCUGCUGGAUGAGCUGGCCUUCCUCAGGAAGAUCCACGAGGGGGAGGUGGCCGAACUGCAGGCCCGCGUCCAGCAUGGGGCUCGCGCGGCGCUGGAGCAUGAGGCCUCCGCCACCACCGCCCUGGACCUGUCCGGGGCUCUGAGGGACAUCCGGGCCCAGUACGAGGGGCUGGCGGCCAAGAACGUGCGCUCGGCCGAGGAAUGGUUCCAGGGAAAGGUGGGCUGGCUGAGCGAGAGCGUGGCCCAGCACAGCCAUUCCGUGCGGAACUCCAAGGGCGAGGUCGGGGAGAUCCGCAGCCAGCUCCAGGCCCACCUGCUGGAGAUCGACGCCUGCAGGGGCAUCAACGCCUCCCUGGAGAAGCAGCUGAGCGACGCCGAGGAGAACCAGGCCACGGAGAUCGCCGCCAUGCAGGACGUGAUCCAGGAGCAGGAGAGGGAACUAGGUGCCACCAAGGAGGAGAUGGCACGCUACCUCAGAGAGUACCAAGACCUGCUCAACGUCAAGAUGGCGCUGGACAUUGAGAUCGCCGCUUACAGGAAGCUUCUGGAAGGGGAGGAGUGUCGUUUCAAUGUGGGACUGGUGGGAGGAGCCUCCAGCAUGUACAGCAGCCAUGCUCGGUCAGUGGCCCCGCCCUCAUUCUCCAGAACCAUGUACUCCAGUCUCAGCUCUGGCGCCCCCUACCUGACCACCUCAAGAGUAGGAUCCACGUUUAUGACCGCUCAGGAGGUCGUCUGCGCCAGCCGCUCUCAGAAGGCUGAGGCCACUCCUCAACCAGAGGAGGAGGAGGAGGAGAAGGAGGAGAAGGAGGAGAAGGAGGAGAAGGAGGAGAAGGAGGAAGAAGAGGAGAAGGAGGAAGAGGAGGAAGAGAAGCUGGAAGGUGGUGAGGAGGAGGAAGUCAAAGAGGAGAUAGGAGGAGAUGAGGAAGAGGAGGAGGAGGAAGAGAAGAAGGAUGGAGGAGAGGAGGAAAAAGAAGACAAAGAAGAUAAAGUGGAGUCAGAGGAAAAGGGAGUAGAAGGUGGAGAUGAUGAUGGGGAGAAGCAGGAAACAACAAAGGACACCGAAGAAGGAGCUGAGGCAGCAGAGGAGAAGACAGAGGACACGGAGGCCGCGGGGCAGGUUGUGGAGAAAGAGGUGUCGGAUGACGGUGGUGAAGGCGGAGCGAAGGUAGACGGGAAAGAGGAAGACGAGAUCAAAGAAGAAGAGAAAGCUGAUGGGAAGAAGACUGACCAACCGGAGGUAGUAAAACCUGAUCUGAAAGCGGAGAAGGAGGAAGGGAAGGCGGCUCAGCCGGAGAUAAAGGGGGAAAAAACCCUGGAGAAGGAAAAGAAGGACGAGGCAGUAACUGAGAAGACCAAGGAGGAUAAAUAA